AUGCUGAAAAAUCAAGUGAAAGGUCCCAUGAAGGGACUCAAUCAAUUUAUUGUUGAUUUGAGAAACUCCAAGGAUCAAGAAGAAGAGCUCAAGAAAAUAAGCCACGAAGUAAACAAUAUUCGAUCCAAGAUGCAAUCGUUUUCAUCGUUGAACGGAAGUCAGCGCAAAAAGUAUAUUUGCAAACUCAUCUACGUUUAUAUUUUGGGGAAUCCAGAUCUUGUCGAUUUUGGUUUUCGAGAGUCGAAAGAGCUUUUGGUAUCCUCAAAUUACGGAGAAAAGAAGUUGGGAUAUUUAGCCGUCUCCAUUUUACUAAACAGUCAAGAGUUUGGAAAGAGGCCAUUAUUUACGGCGAAAGAGCAUUUAAAUCAUGCCUUGACGGAAAUCCACGAAUACUUGGUUCAAGACUUGCAGUCUCAAGAUGACGAAGUAAAUUGUCUUGCGAUACAAAUGAUUGCCACCUGUUUUACAACAUCAGAUGUUAUUAUCCAGAACACUGAUAAAAACGCGUUUAAAUGGAUGGAAAUUAUAGAUAUGGUGUAUGCCAGUUUGACAUCGCCCAUAAAUAAGCCGGUGGUAAAGCAGAAGGCUGCAAUUGCUUUAAAAUCCUUACUUCAGAUAUACCCCGAUGUUCUUGUAAAGAACAAUAACUGGACUCCACGGAUCUUGAAGGUAAUUGAAGAGUCCAAAGAUUUUAGUGUGGUGUUAUCAAGCAUAGGGUUGUUGAAUCUAAUUUUACAACAAAGCCCCGAUAAGGUGCGCUCUGUUAUACCAUCAGUAGCACAAAGAUUAUACUCCAUUGUGGUUGAAAAUCAAUGUCCUCCACAGUACUAUUAUUACGACACACCUGCUCCUUGGCUUGUUGUGAAACUUUUCCAGUUUGUUGAGCAUUUCUUUCUAGCGUAUAGAGACCUCAAAACAAAGGCACCGGCGGGAGAGUUUGUUGAUAUCGAAACUUUAAAUAAGCUUCGUCAAUGUGUUUCAAAGUCCAUAAAGGUUGCGUCGCAUAACGUGAAGGGCUUGCCGAAUAGAAAUUCACAAAGUUCUAUUUUGUUUCAAGCCGUAUCACUUGCUGUAUUUCUUGAGGCAUCGCCAGAAGCCAUUAAUGGAGCGUCAAAUGCGUUGUUGAUGUUGAUUAGCACUAGCGAUACGAACACAAGGUAUUUAGCUCUUGAUGCAUUAAUCAAGCUUAUUGGUAGACUGGACUCCUCCAAUUUAUCCUCGCCGGGAGCAUUUAAGGAUAAUUUACCUCUUUUCACCAAACUUCUUCACGAAAAAGAUAUUUCCAUUCGUCGAAAGGCGCUAGAUUUGCUCUAUACGCUAUGUGAUGGUUCUAAUUUCACUCUUGUUCUAAAUGAGUUACUAGAAUAUUUCCCCCACGCUGAUUUAAAUAUGAAGAGCGAGCUAUCAGUAAAAAUUGCCGUGUUAGCCGAAAACUUUGCGACGGAUUCCACUUGGUAUGUUUCCACAAUACUCAAACUUUUGUCCAUUGGAGGCGGUUCCAAUGCCAAUGGCUCAAGCUUUAUAGAUAAGGAGAUCUGGGAAAGAAUAGUACAGAUCAUUGUCAACAAUGACGAUUUGCAAAAGAAAGCGUGCAAAAUUAUCAUAAAUUUGAUAAAAAAGCCAUUUUCAAGUGCUCCAGCCAACAUUGUUUCUUCAGAAAGUUUGAUUAAGGUUGCUGCAUUUAUACUCGGAGAAUUUGGUGAACAGGUUGGCGAUAUUGAGGACUUAUCGAUAGAAGUACAAGUUCGUUUGCUUUAUACAGCAUAUUUUGGGGUAUCUUUAGCAACAAGAGCAUUACUAUUGACCUCAUUUUUGAAAAUCCUUGUCAAGAAUCCUGAUCUGACAUUUGUCCCUGAUAUAAUUGACUUGUUUGAAGCAGAAUCGCAAUCGAUUGAUUUAGAGAUCCAGACUAGAGCAUAUGAGUAUUUGAAGCUCUCAACGAUGCAUUCCGACUUUAGACUAGCAAAAAAUGUUGUUCGAGGUAUUCCAGCGUUUAAUCAAAAAGAAAACCCCUUUUUAUCGCGACUUGGGGUGGUGUCGAAGCAGCCUGGAUUGAGCAGAUCAUUGUCGGCAGUUAUGGCCAAAAAUAUCAAGAGUAGACCGGAAGAUACAGCUAAUGGCAACGGAUCAAGUUCGAUUAAGAAGACAUUGACUAGGAACUGGUAUUCUGGAUACCACAGAAUGCUUCAUUUUGAUGCUGGUAUAUUUUACGAAGAUCAACUUGUAAAGCUUACUUAUCGGAUUGUGAAAAAUAAUGCAAUGUUGUGCAUCAAAUUUACUAUCAUUAAUCUUGCUUAUAAGGCUGUUGGUAGAAACAUUACUGGCUUCAAUGUGCACGAUGUGGAGUCAUUUGCUAAAGAGCAGAAUCCCACGUAUACUAUCCAUAUAAAGCUGCGUCCACAAGCAGAUUUCUCCGACAAGACACAGAUGGAUGUGGACGUUAGUAUACGGGGCAUAGUGGAGAAUGGAGAAGAUCCAAUUAUGUCGUUGAAUUUCAUGUGCGGUGGAUCAUUUAAUCAACUUCAUUUGAAAGUGCCAGUUUCCUUGUUAAAAACGAUUUCCCCUACCCCGUUAAAUUCGGGGGCAGAUUUUGAACGGAGAUGGACACAGAUUGGGCUGCAUCUUGGCGCAGAGGGAGAAAGUUCUUUGGUUGUUAAUCUUGCCCAUCGACACGAUGAAGCAGCAUUAGAAAGAUCACUAACAAGGAUUGGUUUUGCAGUAAUUCCCAAUUACAACUCUGACCCAUACGCAGAGGAAAGAAAAAUUACCCGCGGAGCCGGGAUAGUGCACACAGCAAAGACUAAUUAUGGUGUACUUAUCAAGAUUGAAAGUUUGAAUGUUACGGAUAAAGACUUUACAUUUACUGUACGUUGUACAGGAGGCGGGGUUGCACCAGUAAUCAUGCAUACUUUGCAGGAGAUAUUUGUAGGUAGAUAUUGA